AUGAUGAUUCCAAUAAUUAACAAAAACUCCACUUGUGGAGACAAAAAUUACAAACCACCCACAACGUUCCCCAUUGGACCAUUCAAGAGGUACAAACACAACCCCAUAAUGAAGCCCGAUCCCAACGUUGAAUUCGAAUGUGCAUACUUGUACAAUGCUACAGCCAUAGUGAUUGAUGACCAUGUCGUCAUGUUGUACCGGGCUCAGAACAAAGCCAAACUUUCAUCCGUCGGCAUUGCUUGGUCCUCUGAUGGCGUUAAUUUCCAUAAACACAAGAAGCCUAUCAUAACCGCUACUGAACCGUAUGAGGAAGGAGGUGGAAUUGAAGAUCCUCGUAUUGUGAGAGAUCCAGAGCUGAAAUUGUUUAUUGUCACAUACACCGCUUAUGAUUUGCACACUGCCCGGUUGUGUGUAGCUACAAGUGAAGAUUUGUUUCAUUGGACUAAACUUGGCCCCAUAGUUCCACCAACUUGGACCGAUAUUGCUGUCACUAGUAACGGCAAUCGAAUCCUUCGUAGAAAUUGGCUGAAAUCAGGUGCCAUAUUCAACGAAAAAAGUAAAGAUGGGAAGUAUUACAUGAUUUGGGGAGAUUGCCAAUUGCAUCUUGCAGAGUCGAGCGACUUGAUACAUUGGAACUUGACCAGUAACUCUAUCAACACCAACAUAUUUGCCAAACAAGUCUUGUCCCGUGAAAAUAAAUUGAUUGAAAGUGGGCCAGCGCCAAUAAAGAUGGCUGGCAGUAACAAUCAGUGGAUAUUCAUCUACAAUGCUGCAACUACUGGAGGAUUCGAUCUACCUCCAGAAACGUACACGGUUAAUGCCAUGUUGAUUGAUUAUGAUAAUAUCAAACAAGGCCCCGUGGCUAGAUUAGAACAUCCCAUAUUGAAACCACAACUGUUGAAUGAAAUUGAAGGGCAAGUAAACAAGGUUGUGUUUUGUGAAGGGAUUGUACAGUUUAAGGGACACUGGUUUUUGUAUUAUGGACAAGGUGAUUCCGAAUUGGGUGUGGCAAUAGCUCAAGUGAUUUAG